AUGACAGCAGUGACAAGUGGCGCCAAUGCGCUUGGCAUUACAACAACCACCACAGCAACAGCCACACCAAUAGCCAACACUGUCGGUGCUGGCAUUAAGCCACUGCAACAGCAAUUACAACAACAAUUGCUGCAACAGCUGCAACAAAGGCAUAUGCAACAACAACAACAUCAACAACACUUACAGAGCGCAGUCAGCGCUGGCGCUGGCAGUGUCGUCUCAGUUGGUGGCACCAAUAAUUCUGCCGCUGGCGGCCAUUCGCAUUUGCAUGCCACCCACUCACAUCCGCAUCAACAUACACACGCCCAUACACAUGGGCAUGCACAUCAGCAUGUACACCAUCAAGCAGCUACUGUUGCACUAUUGCAGCAACAGCAAAAACAACUGCAACAUCAACACUCGCAUCCGCCAUUGGCGCCACAUUCACAUCCACCGCUACAGCAUCAUGUUUCACUUGGCGGUGCUGGUAGUCAUCGCUAUCAGACGAUGAUGGCCGCUGUAGCACAACAACAACAACAACAGCAGCAGCACCAGCUGCAGCACCAGCAACAACAACAAACAAUGCAGCAACAACAGCAGCAGCAGCAGCAAGCAAUGCAACACCAGCAGCAGCACCAUCAUCAUCGCCAACACUCUACACCGCAACAUCAUCGCUCUGCAUCACAACACUCUGCCGCCACUUUAAGGCGUCGCACACUCUCUCACGUUUCACGUUCUUAUUCAGCAUCAGCAGCCGCAGCGGCCGCCGCAGCAGCAGCUGCUUCCUCCAAUGCAAAUGCAAAGAACAAUGGUGGCGUGGGCGGUAGUGGUGGUGGUGGUGGCAGCAGCAGCAUACAUGUAAGCACCAGCGUAGAGCGAUCGCGUUGUCGAUCACCGAUGAUGUUAUGCCACAGUCACAGCGAUGGCGAGUUUCCCAUGUAUAAAG